GAAAAUUCGGCCCAUGGAGUGUCUCCUACGGUCACGAGAGACAAAACCUGGAAGAUCAGGCGAUAACUUCUCCUCCAUUAUCCAACUCAGCAAUCGAAUUGCGAACUGGGUGGCUGAAUCGGUGCUGGACAAGGAAGACUCUCGCAAACGUGCUACCAUUGUGAAACACUUCAUCAGUGUUGCGGAUCGCUGCCGAUCCAUGCAGAACUACUCUACGAUGACUGCGAUCGUUUCAGGCCUGGCUACUCCUCCCAUUCGCCGGCUGAAGAGGACAUGGGAGCAGGUGAAUGCGCGUUUUAUGUCACAGCUGAGGGUCUGCGAGUCAACCAUUGAUACCGCCAAAAACUUUAAUAAUUAUCGAUCCACUUUGGCGAGGAUUACGCCCCCAUGUGUGCCUUUCAUCGGUGUUUACCUCACGACGCUGACGUUCAUCAACGAUGGAGCGGAAGACAAGCUAGCUGGGAACAUGGUCAACUUCCGCAAACGUCAAAAGGCUGCAGAGGUCAUCCAGGACAUCAAGCGCUGGCAGUCCAAACCGUACAACUACCAAACUGUCGCCUCCGUCCUCACAUAUCUUGAGGAGUGCUUCAGCAAGUACAGCGACGGCUUCGACUAUGCCGAUCAGUUCUGGAAUCUUAGUCUGGAACGCGAGCCCCGGGAGAGAGAAGACGAGAAGAUGGCAAGAUUGUUACAGGAGAGUGGUUUCCUUUGAUAUCCUAUCCAUACAGCUUGGUUUCUCGUUCGAAGUUUGGUAUUAUUCGCAUUGCUCUGUAACUUUAUACGCUGAUUUACACGCUGCUCCUCAUGUAGUUUUAGUUAUACCUGACAUGGAUGGAUAGUACUGC